CCCACCUCUUCUCUCACCCCCACUCAGGCGCUGCAAUGGAUAAGCCAACCGUCGCUAAUGUUGGCGCAGAGGAGCCCGACUUUAGUGGCAAGAAUCAUCGUGACAGCAGUCCCAGUGUCAAUGGCGCCCUCCUUGAGGGCAGUGUCGAUUUAGCCGCGGCUCGACGAGCUCGUGUCAAAAUCGAUCUUGUUGUCCUUACGACUACCUUGUCAGACUUCCUCAACUUGAUCACAGGGCUUUUGAAAGACCUCAAAAUGUCCCCGUCUCAAUUUUCCAUCGUUUUGAGCAUCUUCUUUAUACCUUAUCUACUUGUGGAGAUGUUCUCCAACUUCUUGUUUAAGAGGAUUGGAGCCCGUAUAUUUAUACCUACCCUUGUUGUCGCAUGGGGCCUGGUCGAGACAUUCCAAGGUUUCGUCACAUCCUACCAUGGAUUAAUUGUUUCCCGUUUAUUCCUAGGGCUGACCGAAGGGCCCCUGAUUCCGGCACUCAUCUUAUAUCUGUCGGAGUUUUAUACCCGCCACGAGUUGCAGAAAAGGAUAGCCAUGUUCUUAAGUGCUACGAGCCUUGGGAGCGCGUUUUCUGGACUUUUGGCUUACGCUAUCGUUCAUCUUGACGGUAAAGGAGGUAAACCCAGCUGGAGGUGCGAAGGUAUCUUUACUAUCGUAUUUGGUGUCGCCUCCUACUUUUGGCUACCGAGGGAUAUUCCGAGUGCUACCUUGAUGACGGAAGAAGAAAAAUUCGCAUACACUCGUACAAUCCAAGAAGAUACGGUUUUUAACACAGUGGAUGAUAUAUUCCAGCUCUCAAGCGUGUGGUCGACUCUCACAGCGCCUCAUGUCCUAUUCCUAUCCACUGCGGGAUUCAUUAUUGGUUACCUUUUCUUUGGAAUAGCGUACUUCCUCCCGACCGUAGUGGGGAGUCUAGGCUACUCCCCCGCUAAAACUCAGCUUUAUGGAGUCCCUCCAUUCGCCUGCGGGUUUAUUUCGAGCAUAACGGCCGCAUAUUUCAGCGACAAAUACCGUUGCAGGGGAAAAAUUGCGAUUAGCUCCAGCUUCAUCACUCUGGCAGGAUUCAUCAUGAUGUAUCAGAGCACAAAUGUUCAUGUGAGGUACGGCUCGCUAUUCGCCCAAGCGAUUGGCUUGUACAUCACCGUUCCUUGUACGGUUACGUGGAUCUCAAACAAUGUCUAUCCUCACUACCGCCGUGCUACAGCUCUCUCAUUUGCAAACAUCUGCAGCAGCUCUGGAGGGAUAUUGGGAUCGUGGAUGUACCACGAUGCCCCUCGUUUCCACAAAACAACGAAGCUCAACAUCAGCUGCACUGUUGUAUUGAUCGUAGAUGUAUGCCUGACACUUUGCUAUUUUCAUUACAAGAACUUGCAGAAGGCCAAAGUGCGCAGAUUACACGGUAAUGGCGCAGAUGACGAUAUUGAAGAGAAGCUGAGGCUAGGUGACAGACACCGAGACUUCAUAUAUACUCUGUGACCUUGGUCUGGUU